AAUGAUGAAAUGCGAUCAUCAUGGUGAUGUGAGCACUGGUGUAAAGCAACCGAAUGGGGUUGGAAACCAAAUACUAGGUGGUACAAGUAGUCGUGUCGUGUCUCGUGUGGCUGCUAUGUGAGAAAACGUGCUGGUGGUCAACAGAGACUAGAACAAAAUAUCGUUAGUGAGACUACCCGAAGUAAUAACUUAACUCUUUCAAACCCAAGGGGUCUGGUGGGUUUAGAUGGAUGAGGGAGAUUUUUUUGCUUUUGUUUUUUGUUUUUGCGGAUGAUGGAUGAGGGAGAUUGGAGUGGACCGGCCGUCUAAUGAUUCAUCUGAAAUCUACUCUACACUGCAAAUUAUCUACAUGUGUGUGCAGGUCAACUGACUAUAUGUCGGCCAUCUGAAAUGGAAAUUACCUGCGUGUCAACGUCGCGCGCCACCAUUUAAUCUAGUGCACACUAGUGCUAUCAAAGCAAAAUAUGUCAUAGCAGGCUGCUGAAUGCUGCCCCCGUUCAUACACAACGCCUCCUAAAAGCACGCCUAGUCCUAGCUAGGCGUCAUUUUCUGUCACUCUCCGUCUCGGCCGGCCGGUCGUGGAAGAGAGCUUCAUAUUAUUAUUACAUCCGACUUUUCCUGAUGCGGCAAUUCAACCAGCUUCUUCUUCUCCUCCGUGUCUGAUCACUCGCCAUCACCGGCUUCUUCUCCUCCAUACAGGAGCUAGGAAGGAACUCUCUCUGGUGCUGUGUGUAUUAUAUGAUCGAGUCGCCAUGCCUUGUUGCUCUUGCUGCUUCCGCGUCUCCAACAAGGAAGAGAAACACGCCUCCGAUCUCUACUCCCGUUCCAUGGGCAGACUGUCAUCUGAGAAGAAGAUCAAGCUCUUCUCCUACGCGGAGCUGCGGUCGGCGACCAACAACUUCCACCGGAGCAACCACAUCGGGCGAGGCGGCUUCGGCGCCGUCUACAAGGGCGCGCUGCGGGACGGCAGCGGCGACGUGGCGGUCAAGGUGCUGUCCGCGCACUCCCGGCAGGGCACCAGGGAGUUCCUCACCGAGAUCGACGUCAUCGCCAACGUGAAGCACCCCAGCCUGGUGUCCCUGCUGGGCUGCUGCGUGGAGGGCCGCCACCGCAUCCUCGUCUACGAGCUCCUCCCCAACGGCAGCCUCCACGGCGCCCUCCUCGCCUCCGCCGGCGACCCCUCCAGGCUCACCUGGGCGAUCAGGCGCGGCGUCUGCGUCGGCGUCGCUAGGGGCCUGGCGUUCCUGCACGAGGAGAUGGCAUCCGGCCCCAUCGUGCACAGGGACAUCAAGGCCAGCAACGUCCUCCUCGACGCCGGCUACGGCGCCAAGAUCGGCGACUUCGGCCUCGCCAAGCUCUUCCCGGACGCCGCCACGCACGUCAGCACCCGCGUCGCGGGGACCGCGGGGUACCUCGCGCCGGAGUACGCGCUGUACGGCCAUCUCACCAAGAAGGCCGACGUCUACAGCUUCGGGGUGCUGCUGCUGGAGACCGUCACCGGCAAGAGCAGCUCCAGGAGCUUCCAUUUAUCCGACGAGGGGGACAAGGUGCUGGUGGAGAGGGUGUGGGAGCUCUACGAGGCGGCCAACCUCAGGGACAUGAUCGACCCGGCGAUGGAAGACGGCUGCAAUGAGGAGGAGGCUGUGAGGUACAUGAAGGUGGCGCUGCUGUGCACGCAGGCGACGCCGCUGCGGCGGCCGUCGAUGCCGCGGGUGCUGGAGAUGCUGGAGAGGGAGGAUGUCCGGUUGAGGGAGAAAGAGAUCACGCCGCCGGGCUACGUCCUCCGGGACAACAAGGACAUCCACUCCACGUCCAUGGUCGUUGCUUCGCACACCGUGACGGAGGUAGCGCCAAGGUAAAGAAGUGUUAAACGAGUCUAUAGCCUAGCCCUAGGUUGUUAGGAUCAGCUUGUGUGCUGUAUAAAUAAUGAUCAAGUUAGGUUGUUGUAGAUAAAUCCUAAUUGGAUUGUAUCUUGUACCCUGCCUGAGUAUAAAUGGAAGGCAAGGCCUGCACAUAAAUCAGGGCAAUUCAUUC